ACGCCAUCUUCCAGCCCCACCCACCUGUGCCAACGGAAACCCGAGCCCGUGGCAGCCACGAAACCGAGUCAGAGUGGCAGAAUACCCGGUGCCAGCGUCUAGCCAUGUCUGGAGAGCAAGGAAGUGAACAUUUAUCAGUACUGGGCAACCAAGUAGUUUCAAAAAUAAAACAUCCUUCAGAAAUAAAGAGAAAUGGUGACAACACAGAGGAAAGAGAGUUUCUAGUUUUACAUAAAAGAAGACGGGUUGCUCCUUCAGUGGAAAAUAAUACGAUGAGUGCUCAAGAACCUGAUUAUGAGGAUAAUGGAAGUGUUGUAUAUGAAUACGAACCAGAUUAUGAAUGUGGUAGUAUUGUAUCUGAAGCAUCCUACACAGUUGAUUAUCAAAAAACACUUAUGGAAGUCCUGAACUAUUGCCAGGCCAUGUAUGAUGCAAUCCAGAAACUAGAUAAGAAGUUUGACCUGCUUCAUGGAAAGGUUUCAGAAAUGCAGCAUAUUCGGAUGAAGCCAUUGGUUCUCAAACCCAGGCCAGUUGGAUUUACAUCAAGAAGUUCUAAUCAUGUACCUCAUAGAAAAAUUCAAGAACAAAAGCCAGUGGAAAGGGAAUCCAGCAUACAUAUCUCUCCCCCUAGACCAUCUUUGGCAGUAGUGCUACCACAAAAUCAUGUUGAAACCAACUCUGUGGGAAAGUCUGUUCAGGCACCACUUAAAAUUGAAUUACAGCAACAAGACCUCAGACAUAGUCCACCUCUUCCUGUAAUUGUCUCAACACAUUCAUUGAAUCAGCCAUUCACAGUAGUAGCCAACAAAGUACCUGACCUUUCUUUACAAUCCAAGUUGGUCAACACAGUUGUUGAAAAUACUACCUCAGCUGCAAAAAGUUCUCCAGUAAUAACUACAGUGGUACCAACAAAACCAGAAACCUGUCUGGAAAGGAAUACUGUGAUGAUGGGUUACCCAUCUUCACAGGAAAAUGCAAGUCUUAGUCAAGUACUUUCAUCUUCUAUCUGCAUCAAUCCUAGUUUGGAGUACAUCGGUGAUCCAAAGAGGAAUGUCAAGGUUCUUGGGACAUAUUUGAUGAAAGCUCGUCAAAAGACCAAACCCAAGUAUGCAGCAUGCUACUUGGUUCGAGUUUUAUUCCCCAAGGAAACAUUACUGUGUAGUAUUAUGGGUAUCAGUGCACGGGGUCGAAGACCUCUGGAUCCCAAUAAAGUUGCUGCAAUAAGAGAAUUUCUUGCAACACAUUUUCCUAACUAUGAUCUGAGUGAAUAUGGAAGAGACUGGAAAACCUGCAUUACAAAAGUAAAUGCUAUGAUUCGCUGUCUGUGCUGUGAAACUAAAAUAAAGUCUGAGAAAACUGAAAACAAAGAUAAACUUCCAGGCAUCCCAGAUUCAUCUGUUUGUGUAGACUUGAAUGAUCAUGAUAAAGAUGGAGAAGUUAAUUCUCAGGUGGCUCAGAAAAUGACUACCUUAGGAACAAACGAAAUACAAAAUUCGACAUGGGACAGUAAUUCGUUACCUGAAGUGUUUCAAGCACCUUCAUUUAAGAAAUUGCCAUCUUUAGAACCAAUGCAAUUUCUUGGCUACCCAUGGAGAAAUGUACAACUGCCAUUUUCAGUGAUCUGUGUUGCAAAGGGAAAGUCCCGUCCAGAGCUUUCAGCUCGAUAUCUUAUCCGUCACCUCUUUACAGAGGAAGUACUGGUAAAAAGCAACGUAUAUGGCAGCUUGGAACGUGGCAUGUGUCCACUUGACUGUAACAGGAUUAAUGCUCUCAGAGACUUUCUCCAGGAAAACUAUCCAUCUUAUGAACUAACAGAGACUGGAUAUGAUUGGAAAGCAUGCGUGGCCGCCAUCAAUAGUACAAUCCGAAGUCUUCGACAUGACCAUAAGAAGGCUAUGGGGGAUUCCGUAGAAAAAACAUCAAGGAAUGAGAAGAAUCCUUCAUAAAACCCUUCUGGAGUAAAGCCACAGGAGAUAGCAUUAACCCAAAGGACCAUUGUUUUAGCUGUCCUGCUUAUGUCUCAUUAUGUGUUUCAAGUUGCAAUUUCUGAAACAUGUUGGUACAUUGGCAAUGCAAGACUGCAGAAAAUAAUAGUCAAACCGUUAAAGAAACAGAGAUUCUUUGUAAAUAUAAGUUGUAUCAUAGAAGUUAAACACUGAUAUUCCACAGGCUGUAAAACGGUUUAUUUCUUUUAAUUGAGGUAGAGUGCAUAAUGUUAUGACAGGAAUAGAAUGGUACUUCAGAGAAGAGAGCUUAAGUAGCUCAAAUGAGGAUUUCUUUUGAAAUGAAGGUGCAGAAGCUCUCUGGUACCAUAGUUGGAGAAGUAUGCCAUAUUUUCUAAUAACCGCAGGAACUUUAUUCAAAAUUAACUCUUAACACUUGAAAGGAGCUACAAAGUUUAUACAGAGCUAAAAUUCCUGAAACUGACAAGAUGAGGGUGGCUUCAAGUUUUCUGGAAGCAAUGACCAUAUUCUUUUGCUGAACUCAUGAUAGCACAUAGUGAAUUACCCCCUAGGCCCUUUGUUGCAAGUCAGGUAUUCCUUAAUAGUAUAUGUGUUUAGAAUGAACAUGAAGAAAAAUAAUUUUUUUGUAGCUGUUUGAGUUCAAAUUGACUCAUUUGAUUUUUCAAGAAAAAAUCAUCAUGAAAGGUAACUAAACUUAGACUUCUUUGUCAGAAGUCUGAUUUCUGAAAUGUUUAUGUGAACUUGAAUACAUUUUAUGUAUUGUCUCAAGAAUAUUAUUAAAGCAUAUUUUAAAUUAAUUCCUAAAAGUUUUAAGAGCUAUAAAUGGAUAGAUUUUUUUUCACCAGAAACUCUCUUAAGAAAAUGUUGUUCAUAAAGUAUCUAAUUAGAAUUAUUCAUGGAUUUUUCACCCCACUUUUAAAAAAAUCCCUACUUUGAGUAUAAAUUUAGAUUUUAUUUCUUACUGAAUAAAAUACCUUAUUUUCAAGAAAGGACUUGAAUAUUUCAGCCAUAAUAAAUGUCAAUCAUUAGAUCUUCAUAACUUUAUAUUUAUAUCUGUGAAAUAUUUCUGUUGAAUGUUAACCCAAUUUAUUUCAGUUAUAACAAUGCCAUCAGUUUCAUCUACUAGUUGGAAUUUAUCAAAGCUAAUUUUUAUAACACUCUCAAAUAUUCUUCAGAAAGGUAAAUGUUUAAAUUUAACUGUCAGCAUCUGCUCUUAAGUUGUGUCCAUUUGUUUAAGACAUGUGAUAUAUGGCCUUAACUUAAAAUAAUUGAAAUAAAAUUAAAAUUAAUUUUUAGAUAAUAUUAACUUAAAAGGUAGUUUUCAAUUAGUGAGAGAAUUAGAACAUAUAUUUAGAUCAACCAAACCAAGUGAUUAUGGUAAAAAUUGACACCUUUCUACGUGAGACAUAUAGAAUAGAUGUAUAUUUUUAUCUUUUGAAAAUUGAAAUAAGUUCAGAGUAUUUUAAUAGUAAUAAAGUCUGUUUUAGACCUUUUUAAAAGGACAAGAUAAAAAGUACUCAGCAUGUUUUUUGUUGGUAUAUAAAAUAGAGCUAAUUUGGCACAGGCAGAAAUGGUGAAAAGCAAAAAAAAACCCAAACUGAAAAACAAAAACUCUACCAUAGAAGAUGUGAGACUUGUGAGUGAGCUAAACUGCCUCCCAGUAAAUUUAUCAGAUUUGCUGUUCAGUUUAACUUUACCUAUAAACUCUCACAGACGUAGUUAGUUACAUUUCAGCUGCAAUAGAGAGGUUAGUAUACAUUUUGAGCAUACCUAAAAAUCAAAAUAGUCCAUGAAGUAAAUAAGGUAAAUUUCUAAGUUAGUUUCUCAUUUGUAUUUCUUUAUGUACCUUCUAAUAGUCACUGAAUUGAAGACAGAAACAAACAAACAAAAUCCCAAACUUCUCCAGUCAGAAAACAUCUCAGAAGAUGUCUUUUAUCAAGACCUUACUCUAGGGAUCAUUUGUAUCACUUUUCAGAGCACUUUUCAGUUCAGGAUAAUGACCAAGACUUGAAUCAAAAUGUAUCUAAGUUAAUUUGAAGAAAGAGUAUUUGACUAACAUAUGUAAUAUAAAUUUUAUUAAUGUUUUUCUACUUUAUUUUAAACUAGCCUUUUUUUAGCUUUAUUUAUUUUACCAUUUUAUUCUUAAUUAUUAACUUUUCAUAGUCAGUCUUAAUUAAGCAUAUCUAUAAAAGGUACUUGUGUAAAUACCAUCCUAAAGUGCUUCUUCAGAGGUGUAAUUUUUUAAUAAAUAGAAAAUGAAUAUUUUCAACUUAUUUCUUAAAUAAAAAAAUUUAAAAAUCAAUUUCACAAAUCAAUUAUUGAAAUAGCAUUUUACAAAUUUAUUUUUCUUAUACCUGUAGCUCUGAUAUACGAAUUCUCUUUUUAAUCAAAAUAGACCUUUUACAAUAUUUAUACAGUAUUCCUUGCUGUUAACCUCUUUUUUUUUUAGUGAAUUGCAUAAAUGUCAUAACACUUGGCUAUAUCUGCUUUCAUAAAUGACAAAGAAAAUAGAAUAAUUGACCAUAACAGCAAUAAUUCCCUCAUGGUUGCUAGUUGCAAGAAUUUUGAAAACUUUUGUAAAAAAUAUUUUGAUUUUGGGGGCAGCUAGGUGAUGCAGUGGAUAAAGUACUGGCCCUGUAUUCAGGAGGACCUGAGUUCAAAUGCGACCUCAGACACUUGACACCUACUAGUUGUGUGACCCUGGGCAAGUCACUUAACCAUCAUUGCCCUGCAAAAAAGAAGAAAGAAAGAAAGAAGAAAAGAAAUUAAAAAAAAUAUUUUGAUUUUAAACAAAGUAUUUUGAGGAUUGAUAUAUUUUUUGGACCUCAGAGACACACACACACACACACACACACACACACACACACACACACACACAGCAAGUACUUUUGUUUCAGACAAGAAAGCCCUAGAUCUAUAAGAAACUUGGUUUCUACUUUCAUAUCCUUUAUUUCACAUAAUGCAGAUUGUCUAAUUCAUUUCUAGUUCAGCCUCAGUGGAAAAUCUCUUGUUUUGCAAAGGUUACAUGUUACUGUGCCUGUUCAAAAUAAUGAGCCUAGAAAGAUGGUACAUUUAAAAGAUUCCUCUAGCCCCUGGCAUGAAGUAAUUAAUGAGUACUUACUUUAUAUGAACAUUUUCAGAUAAAAUGUUAAAGAAACAUAGAUGUCAUAUAAAUAAUCAGAAAAUUUCGUUUAUAGCAUUUUUGAAGUCUUAAGUCUACAGUUCCCAGAUUGUGUACUGUGGCACCGUGGGUUGCCACAGUGAACUCAUAGGGCCACCUAUGAGGAUCUUUUAAAUGUUUAACCUAAUGUUUAAUGGAACUGUUAGAGGGCUGGGGGGAUUUGUUGUUUUGUUCUUGUUUGUUUGUUUGUUUUACCAGUGGACACCAUGAAAAAAAUUACUGAUGAACUGAAAAAGUUUGGGAACUUAUGCUUUUAAGCUUUACUCAUUUGUUUCUUAGAGUACCACGACAGCUGUUCUUUUUUCCUUCCAGGAUGAAAGAAUUCUCUAAUCUAGACGAAUAAAUUGCUUCUCUUUUCAACUUCUGUCACUAGCUUAUGCUUUUAUGGAGCAACAACAACAAAAAAUCUCACUUUGCCUUUUUUCCUCUGUAAAAGUCAUAUACCACUUUUCAGAAGUGAGAAUUAGCUAAUGCUUGUAGACUUCUAAGAUCUUUUGCAGAGAGGCAAAAUACUUUUAUUAUGAUGCAAUUAAUAAUAGAAUUUGUAACCAAAGAUUAAUUUUAUAGAUAUUUUUAAAAGACUACAAUACAGUUUAAAACAACUUUCUCCCAUAAUCUGUGCUUCCUAAAUAUUGUUAAAAUUAGGUCCCAGUCUUCUAGAGCAGAGGUGUCAAGCACGUGGUCCAUGGACCACAGCCUACCACAUUCUCAAAUAUGGCCCAAACCAGAUUAAAUUGUAAUUGGAAAAUAGUUAACAAAACAAAAACAUAAAAAAACAAAUCAUAUUACAUUUUAAAAUUAAGUCAAUAUACAGCCCACAAAGAUCCUUAUAUACUGAUUGAUGGCCCCAUCUGACACCACUGUUCUAGAGAACUUCCUGACAUCAGAUAAAUUACUUCUUGCAUAUUCUAGAAAUGUAAUGUCUUGGUCUAAUAAAAUCAGAUUCUAAUGAUAUCAGACGUGGUACCUUUUUUUUUUCAUUGUUUAAGGAAUAAAUCACUGGUUGUCAAGAAGCUACCUCUUAUUUCUUCCUCCUCAGAAUGAUUAUAGCAUU